AAUCCCACUCUCCCUUUUUCCCACAAACAAUGGCAGCCAAAGGAGAGAAGAAACCCGCCGAGAAGAAGCCCGCCGCCGAGAAAUCCCCUACCGAGAAGAAGCCGAAGGCCGGGAAAAAGCUCCCGAAGGAGGCCGGCCCCGCCGCCGGAGACAAGAAGAAGAAGAGGAACAAGAAGAGCGUGGAGACCUACAAGAUCUACAUCUUCAAGGUGCUGAAGCAGGUCCACCCCGAUAUCGGGAUCUCCAGCAAGGCGAUGGGGAUCAUGAACAGCUUCAUCAACGACAUUUUCGAGAAAUUGGCGCAGGAGUCGUCGAGGCUCGCGCGCUACAAUAAGAAGCCUACGAUCACAUCGCGGGAGAUCCAGACCGCCGUGCGAUUGGUGCUUCCCGGUGAGUUGGCGAAGCACGCCGUGUCGGAGGGGACGAAGGCGGUGACGAAGUUCACGAGCUCUUGAAUUUGUGCGUUUGUGGUACCUAGGGUUUCGUACCUCCGAG